AUGCUCGCAUCCAAUUCUGGUAGUGAAGCUCGGAUUGGAAAUUCGAGGUCCUGUCAACCACCACCUCCAUCAUCAUCAUUUUCUUCUCCAUCAUCCAUUCCAAUUUCGUCCCCUCUCAUCUCUCAUCUUCAGUUCAAUAAUACGGACCUCGUGUAUAGUCUUGAUGAAGAGCCUCGCAUUCCUCUCGUGUGUUGUUCCGAUAAAUUUGUAUUGAAUGCUUUGGCACGUAUGAUGAAAACGAUUGAACCACAACGUCGAGUGAUUGGUGCCUGCUCACGUAAUUGCACGACGAAUAAUUUUGUGAUCACUGAUGAUUUUAAAUGUUAUUCUCAUAAUGUGAUGAGCCGUCAUGCCACUCACUCUUCCAAUCAUCCUAACAGCUGCAAUAAUCACAAUGGUUUUUUUGAUAUCACGAAUGGACUCGGCAAUGCAUGCCAUUCUUUGAGAGUCUAUCAAGCAGCUGCAGGCUACAAUCAUACAGCCUUAUUGGUGGAUCGAUUGUAUGUUCGAAAGGUCAAUGAGGGUGUCCUUACGACUACGGAUGAUCAUCCUCAUGAACACAAUCAGAACAAGUGCAACAACACAAGUAGCAUUCAUUCAUCGAGUUAUCCGAGUGCCACGAAAUAUCACACUCUCCCGAAUGGCGAAUGUUUUGCAGUGCCAGAAAGUUGUAGUAUUGUGUGUUUGUUUUCAUCGGUCUGUAAUUUCACAGAGUCAAUUCUCGUGGGAGGAUCUCAUGCUGUGAAUAUUCGAACGGGACAAAUGAUACAGACCUCACACGAUGCAAAAAGUAUUGCAUUGAAUCGAGAUUUGAUUUGGUUGACAUCGUUGGAACAGGAAUUGGAGGCGAAUGAAUAUGUGACGUUUUUGACCUCGGCCGCUUUUACCAUUGUUGCCAUCACCAAUCGAGGACGUUUGUUGGGAAUUGGUUCCAAUGAUUUGGGAGAUCUUGGAUUGCCCAAAAUCGUCGUUCAGCAACGAACCUUCAAACGAAUUCCUUCGCCACCAAAUGAAUUUUUUGUAAAGGCAUGUUGUGGAGAUCACAAUAUUGCAGCACUCACCAGAGAUGGCAAACUCUAUGUCACAGGAUGCAACUAUACGAAUGAAAUUGGAGUCUCUGAAAGCUGUUGUUAUGGUUUGACGCAUUGCAAAUGCGUGGACACUCAUCUCUCAGAUCCCAUUAUCGACAUUGCUUGUGAAUAUUACAAAAUUUACAUGUUAAAGAAGAGUAACACUUUAUGGACUGUUCAAGACGGCAAAGCUGUUCGCAUCGUUUUUUCAAAGCAGUUCCUUUCCUCCUUUCCUUAUCCUCCCAACAUUAAAAUUGAAUGUUUAAGCACCACCGCUUCAUCCAUUCAAGUAAUUGCUCACGUGACAUGUGCCUCACGAUCGUAUCGAUUCCUCAUGUCCAAUUCUCUCGAUCGAGAUUUAAUUAUUAAUGCCAUAUCUGACAUAUCAUCCAUUUAUCACUCCUCUAACGAAUAUACCAAUCCUACCCAUUCUCAACACUAUCAACUUUGCUCGACAGCUUAUUUAGGAUUCUUCUUUUGGAAACCCAAAUAUCAUGUGAAACCAGAGGAUUUAUUUAAGAAACAACUCGUUACUCAAACGUAUUCACCAAACAGUCGGCAUUUGUGUGAUCUUUUCGUUCUGUGUAGGGAAUGGUAA